AUGCCUCAAUCUAGUCAGGAGAUCAGGUACUUCAUCGAUCGGCACACGGACCUGGAGAGGCAGUUCAACAUCAACGUGGACGACGGGAAGAUCACACUGGCCAAACCGCUGGACCGGGAGACGGACAUGUGGCACAACAUCACAGUGACUGCCACAGAAGUCCGAAAUCACAGUCAGAUAUCGAGGGCAAUCGUUGCCAUCCGAGUAAUGGACAUUAAUGACAAUGCGCCUGAAUUUGCCACCGAAUACGAGGCCUUUCUUUGUGAAAAUGGGAAACCUGGACAGGUAAUCCAGACUGUCAGCGCGGUGGACAAAGACGACCCAAUCCAGGGCCACUACUUUGACUAUCGUCUAGUUCCUGAGAUGCUCAACAACCCCAAUUUUACUAUAAAAAACAACCAAGACAAUUCAAUCAGCGUCCUGGCCAAGCAUGAUACCUUCCGGCGACAGAAACAGGAAAUGUACUUCCUGCCAAUCAUAGUGACGGACAACGGGAAUCCACCAAUGAGCAGCACCAACACCCUGACCAUCCGAGUCUGUGGAUGCAGUAAGGAUGGCAUCGUCCAGUCCUGCAACGUGGAGGCCUACGUCUUACCUAUCGGCCUGAGUAUGGGAGCUCUCAUCGCCAUCCUGGCCUGCAUUAUACUGCUGUUGGUAAUAGUAGUACUAUUUGUGACCUUGAGGAGACACAAGAAUGAGCCUCUGAUUAUAAAAGACGAUGAAGAUGUGAGGGAGAAUAUCAUCCGUUACGACGACGAAGGAGGCGGCGAGGAAGACACAGAGGCCUUCGACAUCGCCACGCUGCAGAAUCCGGAUGGCGUCAACGGCUACCUACCGCGCAAGGACAUCAAGCCCGACCUGCAGUUCAUGCCCAGGGCGGGACAGCAUUCUGGUCCAAACGGCGUGGAUGUGGACGAAUUCAUCAAUGUACGGCUCCAUGAGGCAGACAAUGAUGCCACAGCGCCGCCUUACGACUCCAUCCAGAUCUAUGGAUACGAAGGUCGGGGAUCCAUGGCCGGUUCACUUAGCUCACUGGAAACGGCAUCAUCAGACUCGGAUCAGAACUAUGACUAUCUCAGAGAGUGGGGCCCACGCUUCAGAAGACUUGGGGAGCUCUACUCAGUGGGCGAGAGCGACCGCGAAACCUGACCUUUGGUUGGUUAGAAAAAAAGACCUUUCCGAUUUCUUUUCUGUCCACAUACUUGUGUAUUAAACGCUAGGGGGUUUGCUGGCUUUUAGAAACCGGUGUUUAAAAAAAAACUGUUAAUAAAAAGGCAGGCCAACUUUUUGUAUUCUUCUUAGAGUGAGGUAUAGCAGUCGUCAUCCACUACGUCAAGCGCAUUGUAAUUGUUGAGCCAAACAAUGUCUUUAUUAGGAGAUCUAUGAUUCUUGUGGAGUGUAACUUAGAUUCCGUUGUGGAGUGUCUAGCAGUAUUAUGGGUGUUAGUCAAUUGCUGAGAUUGCCAGUAGCAGAAAAACCCUGGGAUUGCUGGUAGUUGCCUGAUGAAAGGGAACAACGAAUAUUGUUGGGUUUUCUGAAGCGGAUAUUUCAUGCUCCAUUGACAGAAAGUUGGACCUCAGAAAGUGCAGAGUGACUCUUGUCCGAUGUCACCCUAGGCCACCCAACUGAUCGGCGAUAUGAAGAAAGUGACAAUGAAAAAGCAAUAUAUGGUCUACAUUACAAUGAUGAAUGUAUGUAUGAUUUGAAGAAGGCAAAAAGACAAACCAGUAUUGGCUUUAAGGUGAAUUUGUUAUAAUUUGAUAUGUUCUACAGUGGCCACAUUUAUAAACUAUCUAAAGCCCAGAGAGGCUUGCUUUAUACAACUCUUUGUAUUUACACGCUACAGGUGUGGAUCGCAAGUGUUACUAGCCUAUAAAAGACUGACGCGAAGACAAAAAAGAGAAAUGUAGAAACUCUGAGGCCUUCUUUUUACAGAAGCAACAUUAAAUACAAUUGUAAUCUACUGUUUUUUGACAA